AUGCCAAAUCUAUAAUCUUUAAGCAACGCUUUCAAAAAGUUUAAUGUAUACACUAGACCUGUCAGUUUAUUACUUUUAAAAGAAUAAGGACAUAGAACAUAUUUAGGAGUUUUUCUCACAACCAUUCUUGUGAGUCUUGUGAUUCUGGUUUAUUAUAGUGGACUGGUUUCACUUAUAGUAAGAAAUAAUCCCAGUGUUAUCACAUAUACAUAAUAUUAGGAGCAUUAAAAUGCAUUUUAUUUAACUCCUUAAAAUUUCAGCAUUGCCAUUGCUUAAAAAGGAUAUGAUCUUUUGGACUCUUAUAUUCUAGAGGGAGCACUUGGAGGUGUAGAUAGGUAUUAACAUUAAUAAUUAUUUAUAGUACAAUCUUUCAAGAAAUCCCAUUAACAAAAUGCAUCGAUUUCUAAUUUAGUGAUCCUUCUUUGAAUGCUUACUUCGAUAAGUCGGAUCAAAUCUGGUAUUGUUUAGAUUGGAGUUCCAUUGGUUAAAUUGCCAUAGAAGGUGGUUUAGAAUCCUCUAAAGAUAAAUCAUUAUAAAUCAUAGUUAAAUAAUGCACUUCAAUGUAUAUAAUUAAAUUAUUCUUAGUACCUAAUGUACAUAUCCAAAUAUAUUAGAUAGUGAUUAAUUCCUAUUUAAAAUGACAUCAGCCAAUACAGAUAUAUCUAAUUUUAAAACACCAGCAUACUUAAUUGGUAAAACAUUCAGUCUUACAUCUCUGACAAACUUUGCCAAAAAAUUGAAUAUCAUUCUCUAACCAUAAUAAACAUAAACUGAUAAUGGAUACAUCAUUCAAGAUUAAUAUUAGGAAACAAUUCUUUCUAUUUCUAACUAUUUUGAAACUAUUCUAGAUAAAGAUGAUGAUAAACAUAUCUUUGAAAUCAAUAUUUCACUUGAUCAAAAAACUUUGAUUACUUAACGAUCAUAUCCUAGAGUCUAUUAAUUCUUAGGAGAUAUAGGAGGUUUUUGGGAAAUCAUCUUUCUUUGUUCCCUAUUGUUCAUUAUGCCAUUCAAUAAUUUAUCAUAUAGAGUGGCUUUAUUAAAUGAACUAUUCAAUUUUGAAUUAGAUUAUGAUAAUAAAAUACAUCCUGAACAUAGAGGUAGUUCAAAAGUUAAAGAAAUAUUAAAUAAAUCAGUUUAACUUGAAAAAUUUAAUAGAAUGUCAAAAGUGGCAGAACAUGAUGAAUAAUAAAAAUCUAAAUUAUUAGAUUAAAUAUCUAAUGAUAUUACUUAAUUUUUCUAAGAAUAAGAAAGUAAAUUAGAUUUAAAAUUAUUUGAUUAUUUUGGUUGUUGUUAAUGUAAAAAAGGUGGAAAAAGAGAUUUAAUUAAUUUCUCUAUGAGUAAAAUUACCCAUACUCUAGAUAUUACUUAUAUAAUUAAAAAACUUUAAGAAAUUGAUAAAUUAAAAUUGAUAUUAUUAAAUUCAGAUUAAAUCAAACUUUUUGAUUAUUUACCUAAACCUAAAUUGGGAUUACAUAUGAAACCAAGUGAAAAUGAAUAUUGUUCUAUUUUAAAACCAGAAUAAUCUGAUUUAGAUAAAGCAUUAGAAGCUUAAAAAGCCUUUCAAGCUUUACAAGAUUAAGAAGAUGAUAUCACACCUAAAUUAGUAAAACUUUUAGAUGAUGAUCUUGUAUCCUUAUUUAAAUUAUAACUAAAUAAAGGUGUAAAUCGUUUCGUUAAAAAACCAGCUUAAUUAGCUGAUGCAGUUUAAUAAUUAAUGAUAAUGAAUGCAAAGGAAAAGGAAAAUUAGAAGGAUAAAAAGAAAGAAAAGGAGAAAAAGAAGAAAAAAAAGAAAUAAGAUGAAUCUAGUGACUCAGAAAAUUCUGCAUCCUCUGGGUCUGAUAAGGAAUGA